CAACAAUUUUGCACGCGAAAGAAAAUGGGAUAGUGGAUAAGUAAUUCAUUGCUGAUAAAAGAUGGCGGCAACUAAGGAGAUCGACAGCCCGGAGUCCUCAAACUGGUUCAAACAAUGGAUGGCCGUCUUCGUAACGAGGAGAGCUCUCCUGCCUUCUGUCAAGUCAAAGGCUGAACAUCUGCGCGAUGAUUUACGUCAGAAGGCAUCGAGUGAGCAGACUUGUUUUGCAGACCAUGGUCAUAUAUCUAACCGGCCAAUACCUUGUCGAUUUCAUGAAAAAAUUAGGAAAGAAAUCAAUGCCAUACACAAAAGAAAAAACCCUUCCUGGAGGAACGCUUCGACUGACACAUGGCGAGACUCAGCGUUUGCUGUUGCCAAGUUAUUCAUGCAGUCAUCAGGGUAUGAUGAUAAAACUUCAUUUGAUGAAAUUGACUUCAACGGACUGGCAGCCUUUAUAUAUAACUGCGGACGAUUCACAAAUACUGUGGAAACACUAUCUGACAAGGCUCGGACGUACGUAAACAAGAUCCGGCAUAUGCCAGAUAUAUGUUCAGGUGCUCUGACAGACCAGGCCACCACUGAGUGUAUAGACAGCAUGUGUGCGCUGCUAAACGACCCAUAUUUUCAGGGUGAUCUAGAUAUACAAGAAGCGAUCGAUCAACUGGAUAAGUUAAAGACCCAAACUGAAGAUUCCAGCUUGGACUUGCUGAAAUAUAUAAAAUACAUUAUCAGGGGCGUCCAAGAAAUUACAGAGAUUGCUUCUGCUAAAGAAGGCGAAUCGAGCGAACAAGCAAAGACGAUAAAGGGUGACGCUAAGAAACUCGGCGAUGAUUUAAUGUCCUGUUUACAGAAACAAGGAGAAAACGCCAUUGACGAUGUCAUGAAAACGUUUGCAAAGUUGGACACGAAGCUCAACACACUCAGAAAAGAACAAAGGGAAUCUGAAUUGGAAAAAGCAAAGUCAGAUUUACAGCAACAGUUGAUCGAUCAUUACCAAGCAGUGUCUCUCAGAAUGAACAUCCGAUUGGACAUCGACGCAGCUGUCGAAGACAUUUAUGAAAACCCCAAACUUAUAUUGAAGAACAAGAAAGAAAAAGAUGGUAAAAUGAAAGAUGUAGUUUUAUCAGAAAUAAAUGAGAUUUUUCUGAGCGACAAUGGCACGAUGGCUAAAACAGUAUUCGUGGAAGGCGAACCGGGCACAGGAAAAUCCUCGUUGUGCAAAAAGAUUGUCCAUGACUGGUGCAAACAAAAACAAGAUGGAAGUGAAAUGAUAAAGAAAAACAACCGGUUAAGCCAAUUUCGGUUUUUAUUCUACAUAAGGCUUCGUGAAGCUGAUGAUCAAUGCAAAAUCAAAAAUAUGAUAUUACAGUGUUUGAUUGAACAGAUUCAUUCAGACGAUAAAGAGUCAAAACAACUGUUAGCAGAGAUUUUGAAAACAGAAUGUUGCCUUCUUUUGCUUGAUGGUUUAGACGAGUGGCAUCAUUGUAGCAAAUGUAAGCGUGAUGAACGAAUUCCUCAUGUUGAAACAGGUUGGUUGAACUGUACAACAUUGAUUACAACACGACCAUACAAACUAGCUGAUUUGAAGGUGAACCACUCAAAGAUCGGCAACCAUGUGCAGUUGGAGGGCGUUCAGUCACCAUGGAAACUCGUUCGUAGAAUAAUCGAGGAGUUGGCGAAAUAUCAAGAAAGUAAACGUCCAAAUGACGUUCAACUUCCCGAUUCCUGCAUUGAAGACCUCGAAAUAAAAGGCAUGUGUCAUUUCAGCGAUAUUCCAAUCGUGCAUGUUCAAAUUGUUUGGCUCUGGUAUAAGGAUCAGCUAAAGGCAAACAUGUCUGUGUCUGAAGUUUACGCGAAAAUAAUAAAAGAAAGGUGGUUUGAAAUGAACGACAAGAAAAACAAAGAGAACACCGAUCUUCCAAAGGAAUUUCUUGAUUCUUUGAGUAAGUUAGCUUUCAAUAAGCUGUUUUCAGCAAAUGAGGAGAACUCCAUUGUUUUUGGCAUUACAGAGGGUGAGUUUGAGAAAAAGUACGAAAGGGCGUCUCUUGAAUCUGGCAUCAUGUCCUGCAGUAGAAACUUAGGGGAAAGAUCAGCGUCUUAUCAAUUCUUGCACAAAACGCUUCAAGAGUACUUGUCGGCAUUGUAUUUAGUGAAUAGCAGCAGAUCAGAUUUGCUCAAGCAUGGUCAACACGUUCAGGAAGUGUAUAGACAUUACAGAAGAGAAGGUAUUUUGAGCAUGCGUCAGAUAUUCCUGUUUCUAUGCGGCAUGGAUGCAACUGCUGCUGAAAUUUUUUCGAAGACAUUAAAUGAACUAUUUACUGAAUUCUUUGAAAAAGACGGUUAUUCGAUGCACGAAGCAAUAGAUUUCCAGAACAUGAUACUGCAGGGCUAUGAGGAAGCAGAGAGAAGCGGACACACCGGGGCCGAGGUCUGCCUGCAGCAUGUCGUCCUCGGUGCCUAUCAUUACAAGUCCACUCUUGAUGAAUUACCAAAAGACAUGUCAGUGUUGACCAUGUUCUUGGACAAAAGGAAAAACACUUUUGUGUCUUUGUGUAUAAUGGAGAAAAGCGAGCUUUCUUCUGUGUUGCAGUGCAAGAACGAUUCAAAUGUAUUAGAUUUAGAGAUUUGCAAGAACCUAAAAUUUGUUGUUUUAAAAGAUGGUCUUUAUGACGAUAUCAAUCUACUGAAUUUGAAUGGAUUAGUAGAGUGCAGCUUAACAUUCAGGGACUACAAACCAAGAAAUAAACUGGAAUCUUCAUUUCUGUCCUCAGAUUUAACAUGUUUGAAAAAACUCACACUAAAGAACGUUGGUUUGGAAUGUAAAUCUGUGAAAAUCAUCUCCAAACUUCAACGUAUUGAAGAACUAGACCUCAAAUGGAGCCAAUGUCCCACAAAUGAUUCACAACUCGACCUUGAGCACCUUCGACAUCUCAAACAACUUUGCUUAUCGCAACUUGCUAACUCUGACGUGGUUAAUCUACAUAUGCUCAGUCUCCAAAAGUUAGAUGUCAGCUUUCAAACACAGACAAGAGCACCAGGGUUGAUGGCGGCGUUAAUAUCACAAAGCGACGACUCACUCAGUUCAAAUCUGAAUGGGCCACUUCCUCUCCUAACGGAUGUUACGUUGGGUAACAUUCUCAUGUCAGCGGCAGUGUUCAGACGUCUCGUUUGUAGGGUGAUACAGUCAAGACAUUCUGUGAAAUGUGGGUUAUGUGAGUGUUCAAUUAGGCCUGAGGAGGACGUGACGCAGCUGCACGUGGAAAUGGAGAACCAGGCCGCUCUUCAGAUAAUGGAUGAACAGCCCGUCUCAACUGACGUUACAAUAUCCAUUAAAUUAAAAAAUGUGCCCCUGUCAGCGGCAGUGUUCAGACGUUUCGUUAGUAUGGUGAUACAGUCAAGACAUUCUGUGAAAUGUGAGUUAUUGAUCUGUAAAAUAGAGCCUGAAGAGGACGUGACGCAGCUGCAAGUCGAGAUGGAGAACCAGGCCGCUCUUCAGAUAAUGGAUCAACAGCCCGUCUCAACUGACGUUACAAUCUCCAUUGAAUUAUCACAAGUGUCCCUGUCAGCGGCAGUAUUCAGACGUCUCGUCUGUAAGGUGAUACAGUCAAGACAUUCUGUGGAAUGUGGGUUAUUGGAGUGUUCAAUUAGGCCUGAGGAGGACGUGACGCAGCUGCAAGUGGAGAUGGAGAACCAGGCCGCUCUUCAGAUAAUGGAUCAACAGCCCGUCUCAACUGACGUUACAAUCUCCAUUGAAUUAUCACAAGUGUCCCUGUCAGCGGCAGUAUUCAGACGUCUCGUUUGUAAGGUGAUACAGUCAAGACAUUCUGUGAAAUGUGGGUUAUGGACCUGUACAAUAGAGCCUGAAGAGGACGUGACGCAGCUGCACGUGGAGAUGGAGAACCAGGCCGCUCUUCAGAUAGUGGAUCAACAGCCCGUCUCAACUGACGUUACAAUUUCCAUUACAUUAUCACAAGUGCCCCUGUCAGCGGCAGUGUUCAGACGUUUCGUUAUUAUGGUGAUACAGUCAAGACACUUUGUGGAAUGUGGGUUAUGGGAGUGUACAAUAGAGCCUGAAGAGGACGUGACGCAGCUGCACGUGGAGAUUGAAAACCAGGCCGCUCUUCAGAUAGUGGAUCAACAGCCCGUCCCAACUGACGUUACAAUCUCCAUUAGAUUAAAAAAAGUGCCCCUGUCAGCGGCAGUGUUCAGACGUCUCGUUUGUAUGGUGAUACAGUCAAGACAUUCUGUGAAAUGUGUGUUAUUGGAGUGUACAAUAAGGCCUGAGGAGGACGUGACGCAGCUGCAAGUGGAGAUGGAGAACCAUGCCGCUCUUCAGAUAAUGGAUCAACAGCCCGUCCCAACUGACGUUACAAUAUCCAUUAUAUUAAAAAAAGUGUCCCUGUCAGCGGCAGUGUUCAGACGUCUCGUUUGUAUGGUGAUACAGUCAAGACAUUCUGUGGAAUGUGUGUUAUUGAAGUGUACAAUAAGGCCUGAGGAGGACGUGACGCAGCUGCAAGUCGAGAUGGAGAACCAGACCGCUCUUCAGAUAAUGGAUCAACAGCCCGUCUCAACUGACGUUACAAUCUCCAUUAAUUUAACAAAAGUGUCCCUGUCAGCGGCAGUGUUCAAACGUCUCGUUUAUACGGUGAUACAGUCAAGACACUCUAUGGAAUGUGGGUUAUGGGAGUGUUCAAUAGAGCCUGAAGAGGACGUGACGCAGCUGCAAGUCGAGAUGGAGAACCAGGCCGCUCUUCAGAUAAUGGAUCAACAGCCCGUCUCAACUGACGUUACAAUCUCCAUUAAUUUAAUAAAAGUGUCCCUGUCAGCGGCAGUGUUCAAACGUCUCGUUUAUACGGUGAUACAGUCAAGACACUCUAUGGAAUGUGGGUUAUGGGAGUGUUCAAUAGAGCCUGAAGAGGACGUGACGCAGCUGCAAGUCGAGAUGGAGAACCAGGCCGCUCUUCAGAUAAUGGAUCAGCAGCCCGUCUCAACUGACGUUACAAUCUCCAUUAAAUUAAUAAACGUGUCCCUGUCAGCGGCAGUGUUCAGACGUCUCGUUUGUAUGGUGAUAAAGUCAAGACACUCUAUGGAAUGUGGGUUAUGGGAGUGUUCAAUAGAGCCUGAAGAGGACGUGACGCAGCUGCAAGUGGAGAUGGAGAACCAGACCGCUCUUCAGAUAAUGGAUCAACAGCCCGUCUCAACUGACGUUACAAUCUCCAUUAAAUUAAUAAAAGUGUCCCUGUCAGCGGCAGUGUUCAGACGUUUCGUUUAUAGGGUGAUACAGUCAAGACAUUCUGUGAAAUGUAAGUUAUUGAAGUGUACAAUAAGGCCUGAGGAGGACGUGACGCAGCUGCAAGUGGAGAUGGAGAACCAGACCGCUCUUCAGAUAAUGGAUCAACAGCCCGUCUCAACUGACGUAACAAUCUCCAUUAAUUUAACAAAAGUGUCCCUGUCAGCGGCAGUGUUCAAACGUCUCGUUUAUACGGUGAUACAGUCAAGACACUCUAUGGAAUGUGGGUUAUGGGAGUGUUCAAUAGAGCCUGAAGAGGACGUGACGCAGCUGCAAGUCGAGAUGGAGAACCAGGCCGCUCUUCAGAUAAUGGAUCAACAGCCCGUCUCAACUGACGUUACAAUCUCCAUUAAUUUAAUAAAAGUGUCCCUGUCAGCGGCAGUGUUCAAACGUCUCGUUUAUACGGUGAUACAGUCAAGACACUCUAUGGAAUGUGGGUUAUGGGAGUGUUCAAUAGAGCCUGAAGAGGACGUGACGCAGCUGCAAGUCGAGAUUGAGAACCAGGCCGCUCUUCAGAUAAUGGAUCAGCAGCCCGUCUCAACUGACGUUACAAUCUCCAUUAAAUUAAUAAACGUGUCCCUGUCAGCGGCAGUGUUCAGACGUCUCGUUUGUAUGGUGAUAAAGUCAAGACACUCUAUGGAAUGUGGGUUAUGGGAGUGUUCAAUAGAGCCUGAAGAGGACGUGACGCAGCUGCAAGUGGAGAUGGAGAACCAGACCGCUCUUCAGAUAAUGGAUCAACAGCCCGUCUCAACUGACGUUACAAUCUACAUUAAAUUAAUAAAAGUGUCCCUGUCAGCGGCAGUGUUCAGACGUUUCGUUUAUAGGGUGAUACAGUCAAGACAUUCUGUGAAAUGUAAGUUAUUGAAGUGUACGAUAGAGCCUGAAGAGGACGUGGCGCAGCUGUGGGUGGGGAUGGAGAACCAGGCUGCACUUAAUCUGGGGCAUUUCGAGAAUCAUUCCGGUUUCGGAUGGUCCAUUUUGUUCCACGUUAACAAAAAAUAUGCUGCUGCUGCAGCUGCUGCUGAUGCUGGGAAGGAAACUAAGGUGACGCGUUUUAAGAGUGUAGGAAGGUUUUUUAAAACCCUAGGUAGCAAGAAAUCAAAGUGA